AUGCCUCCUUCUGAACGCAAAACGAGCUCCCCUAUUGUGAAGCGGCGCCAGAAACCCGACCGUACACCACCGUGUAUUCAGCUUCAUCUGUGCAACAUCAUGCCCUCACCUCUUGAUCCAUCUCAUUAUAAACCUUUAUGUUCGCCAUCUUCUUCAACGGACACCUCGAUGCUUCCCCUUUUUCGUGUCGUUAACACCGCUAACACUGCCCUCAACCUAUUUCCGAUUCUGAUUUGCAACACAGCACCUCCGCAAAAGAAUUCAUCUCCUUCCGGCCGCGAUCUUGAACAUUCAUUCACAUUCACUGGAACUGUGUGUCCUCUUCGAUCUCGUUUGAAAAUGCAAGUUCAUGCUAUGAGAAUAUUUCGCAGCUCUGGUACGUUCCAUCUUCCUUCUCCUCUUUCCAAUACUCCUUCACGAUUUCAAGACUCAAAAUUAUUGAAGCCUUCUGUAUUUGUGAAGAAGAGAGGUGUGUUGCGACUCAAAGUCCUAACGAAGAUGAUGAAGAAUUCGUGGAAGAACCAAUUGCAGAGAAAGGUGGAGAUGGAUAGCUAUGAUGCGAGAUCGAGAAUGAGGAAGGGGAUAUGA